AUGUUCAUAAACACCACGAAACCUAAAACGGCGGUCCCCGGUUUUGCUCGUUUGCCCAUCCGUUCAUCUGCUGCUACAUUACUUCCCUGCUUCCACGCCGGCCACCGCCCGAUGGUUUGCUCACUAUCACAAGUUGAGCUAAAGCUUGCUCGACAACAGAUUGCUAAGCUGCAAGAUGACAAUAAAGCAUUAGAUCGAUUGACUAAAUCAAAAGAGGCUGCUCUACUUGACGCUGAGAGAACUGUGCAGGUUGCCUUGGGAAAGGCUUCAAUGGUUGAUGAUCUUCAGAAUAAGAAUCAGGAGUUGAUGAAGCAGAUAGAAAUUUGCCAGGUUUUACUCAAGAUGCUUCCUAGCUAUUACAAACAUGUGCAUGCGCAUGAUAACACCUUGAUCACCAAAUUCUAUGGCCUCCAUCAGAUAACACUAAGAGUUGGCAAGAAGGUUGUCCGAAUGGCAACCUAUAUUCCCUUUAACUUUGUUACAAAGAUGGGUGCGUGCUAA